AUGGCGAAUAUCCUUUCCAAGGGCCUGGCUCAAUUGCACCCCAAACUGCGCACCAAUGGUAUGGGCAUCGGGAACAACCACCGGAGAAUAUCGCUUGGCUUUCUUCAGCCGAGCAAGAGAAACCCUUUGGUAAGAAAGUAUAAUCGCAGAAGAAGGAAUGCCCCAGAUCAGCAAAGUUUUCGAUCGUUAGGGGAAGAUUUCGGUAGCACCAUUGCCCGAGAGGAUCACCUGGAUGUGGUUGACGAGGAAGGAGGUGAAUUGGAACUGGAGGAUGGCGGUGAGCUCAGCAGAACAGUUUCUCUACCUUCAAGGGUUAGUGAGACGCCGGAUGUACAUUCAGAGGUCGAUUGGAUUCUUGAGGAGCAUGAGAGAAGGUAUUCUUCAGCUCAGCACAGUGACGACGAAGAUAUACAGCAUGAUCAAUAUGAGUUUCAAGAUCGUCGAUAUAGUUACGGCGAACAGGAGCAGCCCGACUUGCUAGAGUAUGGUGACUUCAUGCGGCGAGUCAGGCGACAACUAGAUCAGGACGUUAAUCGACGUCAACCGCGACCAUCGUUUGUCUCAGUGACGAGCCGUGGAUCUGUACCAAAUAUCUACGCAUCAACGAAGGACAAGGAAGAUUACAAACAUGAAGUGGUAACUUUCAAGAGUGAGGCCAAAGUUCUGGCUUCAUACUCUAUUCCUUUGAUAUUAACUUUCCUUCUGGAGCAGAUGUUCCCUCUCAUAUGCUCCCUUACAGUUGGUCACUUGGGUAAAAAUGAGUUAGCUGCGGUUUCCUUGGCCUCUAUGACUACAAACAUUACCUUAGCAGUCUUCGAAGGCAUAUCAACGAGCCUGGACACCCUUUGUCCUCAAGCGUUUGGAGCAGGAAAUUAUAAAGGCGUCGGGAUCCACUUACAGCGAUGCAUUGCGUUCUCCAUGGUUGUUUUUAUGCCAUUCGCCUUGAUUUGGUAUUAUUCUGAGUACUUUCUUGGGUUCAUUGUUCAGGAUCAAAUCCUGACCCAUCUGACUGCCAAGUUCUUGCGGAUAGCUAUAUUGGGAGCGCCUGCCUAUAUUGUGUUCGAAAAUUUAAAAAGGUUUCUUCAAGCCCAAGGAAUUUUUGAUGCCGGUAUCUACGUCCUUUUAGUUUGUGCUCCCCUUAAUGUGCUAACGAGUUAUACGUUGGUGUGGAACUCUAAGAUCGGCAUGGGUUAUAUUGGGGCUCCUAUUGCCAUGGUCCUGAAUUUUUGGCUAAUGCUCAUCCUAUUGCUGCUGUAUAUCCUGUAUGUGGACGGUCUUCAAUGCUGGGGUGGGUUCAGCAAGAAGGCCUUUACGCACUGGAAGGCGCUGUCGGAGCUGGCCGUUCCUGGAAUUAUUAUGUUAGAAGCUGAAGAUUUGUCGUACGAGAUACUAACGUUAUUCAGCUCUUACUUUGGGAUAAGCUAUUUGGCUGCUCAGUCAGCUGUUUCUACAACUGUGACACUCACCUAUAUGAUCCCGUUUGCUGUGGGGAUCUCGUCUUCAACUAGAAUUGCGAACUUCGUGGGAGCUCGCAGACCUGAAUGCGCCAAGAUCGCUUCGGAGGUCAGCAUAUCGUGCUCAUUUUUCGUGGGACUAUUCAACUGUUCUGUGCUGAUCGGCUGCCGUAACCUAAUUGCAAAUAUCUACUCCAAGGACGCCGAGGUAGUCCACCUAAUCACCGAACUGAUGCCACUUGUCGGAGUCGCCGAGAUCUUUGACUCUCUGAACGCUAUUGCAGGGUCCUGCUUGCGUGGACAAGGCAUGCAGUCUAUCGGGGGCAUUGUAAACCUGGUUGUCUACUACCUUUUGGCGAUCCCCUUGGGAAUGGUUCUGGGCUGGACAUUUGACAUGAAAUUAUUUGGUCUGUGGAUCGGCAUAGGCACAGGCAUGUUUUUGAUCGGGACGAUAGAAGGCUACCUUGUACUUUUUCCUAACUGGAACAGGAUUCUGGAGCGUGCAGAGAUGCGUAAGGAAGCAGAAGAGGCUGACGACGAUCUUUCUGACGAAUAUUUUUCGAGUAGCGACUCGGAUGACGAAGAAGAACCUACAGAGAGGACGCUGCUACUUCACAGAUAG